GGUGAGUACGUAUUUCAGGUUGUUCCUGUCCUGCUGCGACCUAAGUCGACCGGUUUCAUCAAGCUUCGCAGUGCAGAUCCAAAGGAGUAUCCCAUUAUAGAUCCCAAGUUUUUGUCCACUGACGCUGAUCGAGAAGCUAUAGUUCAAGGAGCCCGACUCGCUGUCCGGACGUUGAGUACCGAAGCCAUGAAGAAGGCUAACGUCACCCUGUGGCAGACAGCCGUGCCCGGAUGCGAGGACAGCGGGCCCGUGUGGAGCGACUCGUACUUGCACUGCUUCGUGCAGCAGACGUCGCAGAGUGGCUGGCACCCGUGCUGCACGGCGCCCAUGGGCACGCACGCCGAGGCUGUGCUCGACGCAAGGCUCAGCCUGGCCGAGCACCUAAGGCGUCAAGGCUGUCUCGCGGUUGCCAAGUCCAGUCGGCAGCUUUCACCGCUCGCGUGCUGCUCGUUGUGUUCUCGGUGCCAGAAUCAUGACAUCGUCAGCCGCUGUCAGCUGGAGUUUCUUCGCACCUUCGCGCUUCGACGCCGCGCUCCUGUCGUCGCUGCCAUGGUUCAGCGUGCUGCUGUCGUGUGCCCUGCUCGCUAUGCACUGCCGCCGGUGGUUCUACACGUGGAGCACUCUGCGCCCCAUUCCUGGGCCCGGCACCGACUGGCUGCCGCCCCUGUUCUUGCUCUCCGUGUACUGGCAGUACAGGAGGCACCUCUACAACAGUGCCACCUCGGUGGUUUUCAGAGUUGUAAGAAAAGUAUCCAAAAUGUACGAAGGCAGGACUUUCAAGGUGUACAUAGGAACGAGCCCCACAGUUGUUCUACAUACGCCUGAAGCAGCAGAGGUAUUACUUUCUGCAAAAGAAAACACAGGAAAACCAAACUCGUACGCAUUCCUGAAGUCAUGGUUGGGCCCAAAGAAUCUGCUGACAAGCAAGGGAGACCCGUGGAAAGCAAAGGCGAAACUCUUCAAGAACGCGUUCAACACGGAACAUCUGGAAAGCUGCAUGGCUGUGUUCAAUGACAGCGGAAAAAUUCUUGAGAAGCGCAUCGAAUCCAUGACAUCAGAGUCACCAGACAAACCAAUCGUCUGCUACAGAAACAUUCAGAACUGCGUUCUUGACAUCAUAGGCCGUGCUUUGUUUGGAAUUCACCUAGGCUUGCAGAACGGAAAUAGGAAAGAGUACGCCCGCUGGUUCAACUACCUGACGUUCCUGUUGACGGUGCGAUACUUCCGACCCUGGCUGUGGAUACAAGCCCUCUACGACAUCACGAAGGAAGGGAAAUUUUGGAAGGAGACCGUGGGUAAUAUCGGCAAGCUGCACCUUUCUGUGAUAGAGCGAAGGAAAUCUGCGAUAUUAAAAAAGCUGGCAGACGAGACCUACAACGACGAACUUGACGACGAGUUGUCUUUCCCGGCAGCCGUGGACGCCGCAAUAAAGAAACAUAUCUCUGGACCAUCGUCGUACACCUUGGACGAACUCGAGAAGGACACGACGUCGGUAACUUUUGCUGCUGCCGAUUCCACGUCAGCGGCGAUGAGCUGGACGUUGUACCUUCUUGGCUUGAACCCGGACAAGCAGGCCAAACUGCAAAAGGAGCUGGAUGAUGCCUUCGGACGGGGCGUUGAGCCCGAGAUUACCACAAGCGACCUCAAGCAGCUCCCUUACCUCGAGUGCUGCAUCAAGGAGUCACUUCGUCUCUGUCCACCGUUUCCUUUGAUCGGCCGGGAACUGGACGAGGAACUCGUUAUUGAUGGUUAUACCGUGCCGGCUGGAACGACAUGCAUGAUCAACAUUCACAGCCUGCACAGGAAUAAGGAGCAAUUCGCGGACCCCGAGAGCUACAUUCCUGAGCGCUUCCUGCCGGAGAACUGCAAGGACAUGCACCCGUUCAGCUUCAUUCCUUUCUCGAGCGGCGUCAGAGUUUGCCUGGGGCAGAAAUUUGUGAUGGUGGAAGCGAAGGUCUUGUUGGCGAAGCUUCUCUCCAAGUACACGGUGGAGUCGACGCUGCCGCUCGAAGAAGUGAAACCAGCCUACGAAGUCGUCCUCAAAGCGAGGGGAGGUCUGCGCGUCUGGUUCAAAAAGCGCAGCGACUCUCUCUGAUCACUGCCGCUACGCUGCGUCACAGUUUAGCUCAGCCGCUACAGAGAGCAACAACCACCGAGUCCCAGUGCUGAGCUCCGCCUGCACCGCUCUGUUCUCUGUGUGAUUCAGAGAGACAAACGCAGUGAGGUCAUACAACCGGAUAAGAUAGCAGCCCCGAUAGUGAACCUGUAAGAGGGCGUCUUUUAUAGCAUUCAGCCAACGCAUAAAGGGCAGACGCAGCGCCUGUGCAAAUUCUCGCAAAACAUAACCCUGUCAUAAAACUUCGACUUCGGUGACUUCGUAAUGCGUCGCUUUGGAUGUAAAACGGCGCACACAAAAACCAAGACGGACAGACAGAACGACAUACGCCACCAGUGCUGAACUCACCAGUAAAGGGUUUAUUGACGCAUUCACAUACUCACAUAUUUACAUAAACAAGCACAAAUAUACACGCGACAUCAGUUGCCGCAGACGGAAACUCUUGCGAACCCUAAGAUUGUAUUCAGACGAAAUAUCAGACUUCCCGAGAAGUUGUGUGAAAACUCAUAUCUCGUGUAUAUUUGUGAUUGUUUAUUUGGAUGCAUCACUUUUUCCUUCAUUUGCAAGUUCAGCGCUGGUGGUGUGUGAUGUUCUAUCUGUCCGUCCUGAAUUUUUUGUGCGCUGUUUUAUAUCCAAACUGGUAACGCGGUCACGCGUGUAACAUUAAUGGCCAUUUAACGUCCAUUUUAGAUAGAUCUAUAUAGUCGCCGGUGAAAUAAAUGUUGCAGCAGCGUCGCAUUCACUGAGUUGCCCCCGAGACAAGUAAACCAAUCCGCUCCACUGCAGCGGCUAUGCGUCCUCACUAACAAGCGGAAUACGUUUUCUACGGCGACAGCGCUCAAUGGUCAUCGAGAGCGUACUUGUGACGCGGAUAUUACGCUGCUGCAGGAGCCUCAUUUUGUUCGUUUAUAAUUAUAAAUAUACAUUUUAAUAUCACGGAGAUUUUUUUCGAACAUUCCGUGAUAUUUGUUAAACAGUUUAUUGAAUUCAUUUGUUUGUAAAUAAUAUUGCAAGAUUCACUAGAGCAUUUAAGGAUGCGCGCAUGCACUUUUCCUAAUUGCUGCCGUCCACGAGAGGAGCACCGAACUUGGACCGAACUACAGCCACAGCUUCUUUCUUUUCCCUCUAUUGUUUGUGCGUUCAUUUGUUCUGUUCCUCUUUCCUUUUCUUUUUUUCUUUUUGCUUUGUAAUAGAAGAGAAUAGUCCGAUGACGAGGUUCCAAAAAGGACAGUCCAGAUGUACUAUAGUUGGCGCGACUUCAAUCGUUGUUAUCGCAUAAAUUUCUGGAGGCCAGGGACAUUAUUCCUUUGGUGAUUUUGCGCUGAAUAAUCAGGCUACGGAUAUCCGACUAUCCGAAAAUCGUGCACCUGUCUCGCACGUCACCAGGGUGUAUAUAGCUGUCGGAGUUAAUAAAUGCUGCAGUUUUCUCCGAAA